UCCCAAGAACUCCAACAGCGCAACAGUGACAGGACGCGGGGUUAUUAUUCACUAGGUCAGCUGGAGAGUUAUUUAGAUUAAGGAGAAAGAAACCAUUCAUGACUAGUGAAGGUUGGGCAUCUGCCUGAUGGCUGACUCCGUCGUGUCCGCCUGCUAAGUUCCAACUUUGCCUAACGCCUCUUCAUCGUGCGCGAGGCGGACCAUGCACCUGACGUCUCACAAUACGAGUUGACAGAAAGAAAGAAGCUUUAAAAAAGUUCAUUCAACCCCAGAAGGGCAGGCUUCCAGGAUGACCGCCAACGGCGAGGGCGGCAUGGCUGACAUUGUUCGCGCACUGGAACUCAUCCACAGCCCGACCUCAACAAACGAAUUACGCAAGCAAGCUUCAGCGUUUCUAGAGUCCCAGAAACAGGACAAAUCUGCAGCUCGUAAUGGAUUUUUGUUGGCAUCUCAGACAGAGAGCCAGCCGUUGGUUCGAUAUUUCGGACUAUCACUGCUCGAGCAUACUUUGCGCUCCUCCGGCUUCUCGCUGUCGGGCGAGCAGCUCACAGACGUGCGAACCAUGAUCUUGGAGCUUGGGGAGUUGAUCAGGCCUCAAGAUCCUACUUAUAUCCGCAACAAGGUUGCGCAAUUAUGGGCAGAGAUUGCGAAGAGAAGCUGGGCGGUCGACUGGCUCGGGAUGGAUGAAGUUUUGGUAAAGCUAUGGGGUGCUACUUUACUGCACAAGGAAUUUGUUCUAUCAGUUCUCGAGACCCUGUCAGAAGAUAUCUUCUAUCGUGAAGAUACCAUUUCUUCCUUACGAGGAACGGACUUGAACCGAGCGCUGGUGGAGAUCUUCACGCCUUUGUCUGUAUUUGAGGAGGUCUAUCCGGAAAGAGGGCGCCAUGUCGAACUUCGAUACGGCACUGAAGGAUGGCUUGCUAGGACAUGCGAGUUCCUCGAGAGUUGUAUCCAAAAUCUGCAGUCCUCCAGAGAAGCCAAAGACUGUGCACUCAAAGCGCUUGCGACUCUCAGGUCCGCGUUGGCUUGGUCCAUACCCAAAGCUGUCAUUUCUUCCAACUCUGUUGCAACAGUCUGUCGUGCUUUGGCUUGCCAGGAUGACGAAGUCCGAAUGGCCGCUGUCGAAGCAUUGCAUGCGCUGUACAGCAGAUCAAAUGUGGAGAUCGAAGAGUUCCAGCCUCUUGUCCACAUUAUGUUCCAGACAGAUCAUCUGGUUCUCUUGCAGAAGGUGUAUGAGUGGUCAAUUGUCGAUGCUAAUGACAUCGACGACACCAGAUACACGACAUCGAAAAAGCUGUCUGAGUUGCUAUCCUAUAUUGCUGGAUUCCUUGAAGAGAAGGGAUUCGAUCUUCAGGGAGCAUACGCCCUGGAUUUCCCCUCUUUUUUUCAACUUUUGCUUAUUGUUCUGCGUCAUCAGAGUCUCACCGUUUCGAUCCCGGUCCUGCAUACAUGGUCUCGGCUCCUUGCAACGGACAGAGUUGGGAACAUGGAUGUCGUCAUAAGCCUAAUCGCCCCGUUGCUGGAGAUCUGCAUGGAGAGACUUGUGCGCUGGGAGAAUCUGCCUGAGGAUUCGGAUAACCCGACUGUUAUUUUUCUCAACGAGGAUAUCGAUACCGUGCCUGAAAGACAUGCUUUUGUCGGGAAUUACAGGAGGUAUUGCUCUUCAGUUAUUGAGACAAUAGUGCAGAAGAGGCCCCAUGACGCUCUGCCUCACAUUUUGACUCGCGUUGACUUCACGUUGAACAAUCUCUACGAUGGAGUCCCACCUUUCAGCGUCGAAAGCUUCACGAAGACAUCGAUGCCAUUGAUGCGGGCAGACACCCAAUUUGCAGUGGUGGAAGCAACCCUCAAGGGCUACGGGAAAUGGGUGUCAGCGCACGGAAAGCUUCCUCAGCAGGAUGAACAACAACGGAGAGAGCUGGAAUCUGCCUUGGAGUCUUGGUCGCUCAGUUUGAUGCAGAGGAAUUUCGAGGACCCGGUUAUAAAGCAACGCAUUAUCAAAUUAGUUGUCGAUAUAUCAUCGAGAGCGCUCGAUAAGACUCCGAGCUUCGCCCUUAAAGUGCUGGAACAUAUAUUGAUGACGCAUCUUCCCGACCGCCCUGAGUACCCAGCUUAUUCCGAGUCUGUUAGAGAAUUGCAUGGUCUCGCGAGCCAUGAAUUGCGCCGACUUGCAAUGCGUUAUGCUGACUACUUCUCUACAUUCUACGACUUGUUGGAGCCAAAGAUCAAAGAGAUUGCGGCAGCCAACCGGAUGGAUGACAAAUUGCAAACUGAGCUGACUUCGGUGCUGCUUAUAAUCAUGCAACGAGCAAGCAAUGUCGACCCAUAUCUCCGGGAGACUCGACUACAGGCAUUUAUAGAUCCAGUACGACAGGCCUGGCAAAACGAAGAGUUCAAAUCCAUGAGCUCUUCUUUUGGUGGAUUCUGCAAUCUUCUCGGAUUGGACAGAGUCGGCCCAUACAUGCAAGCCAAGCAAGCACAGAAAAUAGAGGACUGGUCUACAGUGCCUCUAGAAAGCGAAGGAAAGCAAAUCCAGGAAGAGAUGUCGGCUAAGUUUCAAGCACUACCAUUGCGCGGCACGAAGACGAUGCUUGCAGUAUCGACCGAGAAACUUAAGAAGACCGAUCCUGCAUACGAGCUUGCUUGUAAACUAUGGCACGAUACCAUUCCUAUUAUUUUACCGACGCUCUUGCAGCUUGUCAGCCAUGCUCAUGCCUUCCACAAUCCGGCGAACUGGGGCGGUCUCCCGGAAGAAGUUCGAGCAGUUGUAGGGCGAAUACUCACAGAUCGGUUCUGGCAAGCUGGUAUAUCAGUUGGCAGCAGGGAUGAAUUUUAUGCUAGAAUCGCAUCGUCAAGAUCCACGCUCGAGGGAUUUGCGUCAUCUGUGCGCGGCAAAGUACGAGCGGUCCGAGAAACGUGUUACUCGAUGCUGUUCAGCAUGAGCAGGCUUCGGGAGCAUUUCUACGGAUUUGCAGAGCUCCCAGGACCGUUAUCGGAAGCCUUAUUCAAGGAUUCCACACACCUCUCGUCACACCAAUUCUCCGUCCUCCUGAAUAUCUCACGCUGCUUGAUUGAUGACUGCCCAGUGAGAUUUCGACCACAGUUCUUACCUCCGAUGCUUUCCACGCUUUUCACGCAGAUUGAUAAAAAAGUCACUGCUGAGUGGGAAGUCAUCGAACAACGAAAAGCUGGCCUUGUGGAGGGUGAUCUCACGGAGGAGAUGAAAGAUGAGAGCAUUCUCCGGCAACUAACCUAUUCUGCGGUGAUCAUGGUUGCAAGCCUUCUUGAUCCCCAGAGAGGUGAUCCGGACGAGCCUGAAGCAAGCGAUCCAGGUGCAGCUCCACCUCUCUCAGACUCUAUCCGCCACUUCGUGCUCUCUUCGACUCCUAUUUUAGAACCCGUCAUUCUUUUCUGCACCCACGCUUUGCGCAUGCGCGACACGAGAUGCUGCAGCAUCAUCACGCGUGUUAUCCGGUCCAUCCUGCAAGACUUCGCCCCUCCGCUGAACAGUCCCACAGCGGUGACCAUCCGAGAGUUCAUCUGCUCUGAAGUUCUAACUGCGUGUAUUACUUCCGUACACGAACCCUAUUUCGUUGACAUGCAGAAAGAUCUAGCGCAGCUCAUUGCCUCCAUCUGGCUGCUGUACGGGUCCAGCAGCCAAACUCCCCGGGCCGUCAUGCUCAGUCUUCCCGGAAUGACCGAACAACGAGUGGCAAGCACUGAGGCUGCCCUGAUCCGAUCAACCUCUGCGCGCCAGCAACGCGCCCUCGUUCUCGACCUUCUAGAAGGUUUGCGCGGCGUCAGCAUCUCCGAACAAGGCAAGAUCUUUGGCACGCGGGAAGACAGACGGAAAGCACGCAGCGCUAUGCAGGAGAGGUACAUGACGAAUGAAAUGGACGGGCAGCAGAACACAAAAGUCAACAUCGACGACGGUCCUGAUCUAUCAGGGGUGGCGGACAUGUUCGGUUAG